CGACGAUCUCUCCUUACAUAUGUUGGUCUGUCCGCUACAGUUCGACAGGUGUCGCAUAGAAAAUGCCACCAAAGAGAGAGCAUCGGGCUGACCAACAGGAUGCCGUGGCUUUCGAUACGUACCAACCAACGCCCGUCUUCCUUCGAAUGUGCAUAUGCACCCCAUAUUCCUAGGGUAGCAACCCUGUCUAGUCUGGCACAAAACUGUCAAGCUCCGGGAAAUUUAUUCCCCACCGGCGGCACUUAUACGAGAUGCUCUACCGUCUACCCGAAACGCGUGGACGAAACAAUCAGAUCAUCAUGGUCGAUGCUCGAUAAUUCGCGGAACAACAAUCUCUAUAGUGCUCGGUGCGUUGCGGCGGACACUAUGGGAGCUUAACGCAUAUAGGGGACGCAGUAUAAGAUGACUUGGCUUCCAAGCUUUUUGUAUCCCACUCGCGGCCUUUCACUCCCUACUACACUCCAGUUCCAUCUUUGCCAAAGUUAUAUUUCUAUAAUAUGAAGUUCUCUUCUUCUCUCGUCUCCCUGGCGUUGGCUGCCUCGAGCGCCUUCGCUGCCCCCCUUGAGGCAACUCGUACCGUCGAGAAGCGUGAUACCACCAUCUCCUGCGACUCCUGGGGCUCCCUGCAAACGGGCGGGUACACAAUCUACCAUAACAACUGGGGCGCGUCCGGUGCCACCUCAGGCAGCCAGUGUACCUACUUCAAGUCGCUGAGCGGCAACACAGUUGCUUGGUCCACGAAGUGGUCCUGGGCUGGUGGCCCAUACCAGGUGAAGAGCUACUCCAAUGUCGCUCUCGAAAAUGUCAACAAGCAGCUGUCCGCUGUCUCCUCCAUUCCUUCGGUCUGGAAGUGGUCACAAACCAGCAGCGGCACCCCUGUCGCCGACGUGGCCUACGACCUCUGGCUCGCUCCCACCUCUGGCGGCUCCAACGCCUACGAGAUCAUGGUCUGGCUAGCCGCAUACGGCGGCGCCGGCCCCAUCUCCUCCACUGGCAGCGCCAUUGCCACCGUCACCAUCGGCGGCGCCAGCUACAAGCUAUACUACGGACUCAACGGCAGUGUCAAGGUGUACUCGUUCGUUGCGUCCGCUACCAACAGCAACUUCAACGGCGACCUCAACCUCUUCUUCAAGUACCUUACUAGCAGCCAGGGUGUCCCGACCAGCUCCUGGAUUACGUCGCUGCAGGCGGCACUUGGACACGUUAGACUAGCCAUCAACGACUUAUCGCCAGAUGGCGCGCAGCCGUUCCAUGAUGAGGAAAAUAGCGUACACGCAGUUGUCAAUGGAGAGCUCUAUGAUUACGAUGCCCUCCGAGCGUCCCUACUCGCCAAGACGAAUCAUCACUUCAGAGGCCACAGCGACAGCGAACUCGUGAUCGCGCUUUACAAGUACUACGGAAUAUCAUUUCUCUCCCACCUGCGUGGAGAGUUUGCACUCUGCAUUUACGACUCGCGGACACAGACCUUCGUCGCAGCAAGAGAUCGCUACGGUAUCAAGCCAUUGUUUUACACUUUUGUUGAUAACAAGAUGCUUAUCGCAGCUGAAGCUAAAGCGUUCCUGCCCCUGGGCUGGGAACCAGAGUGGGAUGUUGCGAGCUUGAAAGAGGCGGGAUGGAAUCAUGCUGCUAGAACGAUAUUUAAAGGCGUUAGAAAAGUCCGGCCUGGUCACUACAUCAUCUGUCAGCAUUACGAUAGCAUCGAAUCGCGUUCUUACUGGGACAUCGAAUACCCUCACAAGACACAACCAGAUCCACGCUCUGACAAAGAAAUGAUCGAAGGCCUCCGAUCCCAGAUGCUCGAAGCCAUACGCAUCCGCCUCCGAGCCGAUGUCCCCGUCGGCGUGUAUCUCAGCGGCGGCAUCGACUCCUCGGUGAUCGCGGGCAUGGUCACGCACCUCGUCAAAGAGCAAGACGAGCGCAUGGGCAACGACAACGAAACAGAACGCGUAAGCUGCUUCAGCAUCGCCUUCGACGAGGACAGCGGCUUUGACGAGUCUGCCAUUGCAAACCGAACAGCAGACCACCUCGGCGUGAAGUACUACAAGAAGCACAUGAACGAAGCUGAGCUUGCCGCGCGGUUCGAGGACGCGACUUGGUACUGCGAGCACCACAACCCGGAUCUCAACUACGUGGGCAAGUACGCGCUGAGUGAGGUUCCGCAGGAGCUGGGGUUCAAGGUGGUUCUGACGGGCGAGGGUGCCGAUGAACAAUUUGCCGGCUACCCGAUGUACUUGCCUGACUAUCUCCGUGAACCGGACCUUGCGUACACGUCUAACCCGUUGCCAGAGGAGACGCGCAAAGCACAAUGCAUCAAGACCGACGAGGAGAGCAGCGCGUACUACAAAUCUGUUGGCGCCAACGGUGCCAACCGAGGGCCGUCGCUGCCUCGACACAUGCUAAACGACAUUACGACUGUGUCCUCGAUGGCAGCGUUCUCACCAGAUACGCUCUUCGCGGACUGGACCAAGGCUUACGGUACCUGCGACCCACAGCUUACGAUCGCGAACUCUGUAGACGGCCGGGCGAGGGACAAGAUCAUGUCAGAAUGGCAUCCACUGCAUUCUGCGUUGUAUGUUUGGCAGAAAGGCCAUCUGUGCAACAUUUUUCUGUCAUGCUUGGGCGAUAGGACGGAAAUGGCCCAUUCGAUCGAGGCUCGGACGCCGUUCCUAGACCACCAUCUGACCGAGUAUGUAAACGGGCUGCCGCCGAGUGUGAAGAUAAGAUGGGAUGGUGAGGAGCAGCGAUUUAUCGAAAAGUGGAUCUUGAGGGAGGCGAGUAGGCCGUUCAUUACGGAUGAGCUGUACAAGAGGAAGAAACACGCAAGUCAUUCUCCAUACUCUGCGCCAACUACGUAUCCAGAAGAUGGCCCAUUACACAAACUACUUUCUGGGUUGCUGGUCAGGGAGAGAGUAGAGGGGCUUGGAUUUGUUGCCUGGGACAAGGCUGAGGGCUUGGUCGAGAGAGCUUUCAAGAACAAGGACGCAAGUGCGAUGCGGUUCGCAUUUACUGUUGCGCAGUGGGUCGUUAUUGGAGAGCGGUUCAAGGUCAAGAGAGCCGAGGCACCGUCGAUCAUGUCGAUUGGAUACCGGCAAUGUAUUGACAAUUAA